AUGAGUUCUGACGAAGCACCAAACUCAAUUAUACAAUUGUCUUUACGUGCAUUGCCUUUGACCACAAUUAGCAUUAUACCAUCACCUGCUUCAUUAGCGAAAACUGUUCGAAGACAAUGCCCUAUGCCAUGUUCAACUUCGACCAGUCAACUGCGGGGCAUUUUUAGAAAAACAGAUCGCGGAGAAGAUUUUGUUUUAUAUGAAGAUAAUCAAAUGAUAAUUUUUGCUACAACGAUAAACCUAUCGCUGUUGAGGCAAUGCAAGCAUUGGUUUGUCGACGGCGUCUUCAAGGCCUGUUCAGAGGACUUCUAUCAAUUAUUCACAGUGCACGCGUUGUUGAAAUCUGUUGUUAUCCCACUUAUCUACGGAUUAUUAAUUGGCAAAAGCGCUGACGAUUAUUAA